AUGGCUGCCAGGUUCGACAAGCGCGCAAUGGGCGAGCCCAUACACAGCACAUCUGCCGACGAGCGCCCGUCCCUCCGCUCGUUCCAGGAGGAGCUCCAGCAGAAGGCGAAGGCGGGGAGGGAACUCGCACACCCUCGCAGGGCGCAGGAUGCGGCGGGACUCGCAGAGGUCGCCGACAAGGUGCACGAGCUCAGCAUUGACGAAGGCGACGCUCCCGACGGCGGCGAUGGCAGGACGCUGAGGGACCGGUUAGCGAGCCCGAACGAGGACGACGUCGCCGCGAUAGCCACCCUCCUCGACCGCACCCUCUCGCGACGACAUGGAGAGCUUGUUCUCCAGAUCGGCUCGCACUCCCUCGACGAGACGACGCUCGCCGCCCUUCUCGAAUUCCCUGACUCGAAGACUCUCCCUCCCGCCGACACUGCCGUCCUCACUCCCGCUCAGAUCGACGCUAUCCUCUCGACGUUACACUCGGCCGUCUCCACCAUAAGCAGCGACGUCUCGAUCCUGCACAACCCGUACGACGAGUCGGGCAAGGCUCGAGUUGACGAGUCUGCCCAGUUGACGCCCACUCCGAGCGCGGUCAACGAUGACGAGACGGCGAAGCGAUGGAAGGGCAAGGCUCUGAGGUUGCUGGUGCGGAAGAAGCCGGAGGGAGCCGAGGAGUUGCUCGAGUCGCGAGUGAGCGUCGUCGGCAACGUCGAUGCGGGCAAGAGUUCUCUCCUUGGGGUCCUCACGCGCGGACGACUCGACGACGGGCGAGGACGAGCACGCGUCUCGCUCUUCCGCCACAAGCACGAGAUCGAGACUGGACGGACUUCGUCGGCGGGAAACGAGAUUCUUGGGUUCCAGCCGGAUGGGAAGGCGAUCGUGCCCGAGGAACAUGCGAAGCAGCAGGCGACGUGGGAGAGUAUUGCGCAGAAGGCGAGCAAGGUCGUCUCUUUUACCGACUUGGCCGGACAUGAGAAGUACUUGAAGGCGCCGCGUUCGCAGACGACGUUGGCCGGCUUGACCGGCACUGCACCUGAUUUUGUACUCCUCAUCAUUGGUGCAAACGCAGGCUUAAUCGGCAUGUCGAAGGAACACCUCUCCGUCGCCCUCGCACUAUCGCUCCCCAUCGUCUGCGUCAUCACCAAGGUCGACUCGACCCCAGCGCCAGUUUACGAACAGACGAUCAAGCAGCUCGUCAAGAUCCUCAAGAGUCCUGGGUGUAGGAAGAAGCCUGUCUUCGUCAACGAUGUCGGCAUGGCCUGCGAGCUCGCGUCUGGCUUUGCGGCGGAGAAGGCCUGCCCGAUUUUCCGCUGCAGCAACGUCACAGGCGAAGGCCUCGACCUGCUGAAGACUUUCCUCAAUGUUGUCCGCCCGACGCACACGGAUGAGCUGUACCCCGUCAAUGCCGAUUUCGAGUUCGCGACUUCGGACGUCUACUCUGUACCUUUCGUCGGAACGGUCGUCUCCGGCGUCAUCCUGGCUGGCUCCGUCCGCCCAGGCGACACGCCCCUCCUCGGUCCCGACUCAGUCAACUCCUUCAUCCCCGCCUCAAUCAAGAGUAUCCAGCGCAAGCGCGUCAAUGUCGACUACGCCGAGGCCGGUCAAGCCGUCACGCUUGCCUUGAAGCGCAUCAAGCGCGCGCAGGUUCGGAAGGGGAUGGUGCUUGUUGCGAGGGGGGAGACGCCGCCUGUUGCGACGAGGAGGUUCGAGGGGCAGUGCUUGAUCUUGUACCAUAAUACCAUGAUCACGUCGCGGUACCAGGCGAUGAUGCACAUUGGUGCCGCACGCCAGACCGUCCAGAUUGAGAAGAUUGUCGAGAAGCAGGCUGUCCGCACUGGAGAUCGCGCGACUCUGCGAUUCCGCUUCAUGGCUCGCGCCGAGUACAUCCACGUUGGCGACCGUUUCCUCUUCCGCGAGGGUCGAACGAAGGCACUCGGCGUCGUCACGCGUCUCUUGCCAGACAAUGGCAAGGAUGCAGAUGGUCCUGACGCUUGA